AUGAAUUUAUCUUUACAACAAAUAAUUCGAGGUUGUCAACUUGCCUGGUUGGGUUCAGUUCUUGCUUUUGAAAAUCGUCAUUUAUAUAAACAUAGUUAUGUAAAGACAUUCGGGUACCUUGUAGGAGCUAGUAUUAUACUUUAUCUAGUAACUUCUACCAUUUUAUUAAUACCUUUGAAAAUAUUACAACUUUUUCUUUACCUUUUCUCCUCUGAUCAUAAUAAUCAUAAGUUUUUAGAAAAUACUAAUUCCUGGCUCAUCAAUUAUGUAUUUAAUUUACCUUUCUUGGGUCUUUUAUUCAUAAGAUAUAUUUACCCUGAAACUUUAGAUUCUUUAUUCAUUGAAUCACUUCGUAAUGUUGAUUUUGAACAUAUAAAAAAACAUAAAGAAGGUGAUGAAGAUGAAUUACGACCCCCUUAUGCUCCAGCAUUGGAACGUUAUCAAUAUAGUUCUGGUUCUGGAUAUUGGAAAGAAAUGAUUCAAUACUUAAAACGUACAGGAAAUCAACUCAAAAAAGUUAUUGCAUUAUUUCUUUUAUCAUUAUUACCGUUUGUAGGAGGAUUCGUUUAUCCUAUUGCUAGUGCAUAUGCAUUGGUAAAUUCUUUAGGUAAAGUACCUGCAAUUAUUGUGGGUAUAUUAAUGUACAUUACUCCAGGAACAAAAUCUUUUGCCAUCAUUUUUCUUGAAACAUUAUAUUCUUCAAGAGCAUUAAUGCGUGAAUUACUAGAACCUUAUUUUGGUAGAAUUAAGUUUAAUGAUGAAACAAAAAGAAAAUGGUUUAGAGAAAGGGAAGGAAUAUUAUUUGGUUUUUCUAUAGUCUUUUAUCCUUUAAUGAGAUUACCUUUAUUGGGAAUGUUAUUUUAUGGGGUUGCUCAGGCUGCAACUGCUUUAAUCCUAGGGAAAAGAAACACAGAGAAUGAAUAA